GUUUCUCUCCAAUUAACCCGGAAGAAAACAACAAUCAUCCCGCGCAAUAUGCCCGAAUACAAACUCAUGAUCCGCUACGACAACUACGUCGUUUACGAGAGAUAUGAUAGCCGCUUGCAGAAAAUAAUCGAAACCAAAUUCGGCGCAUUAGACGCUACGAAUAUCCAACCAUGUUUCAUGAACCCGAGCCUUCCUCUGCUUCUGAUUACUAGCUUCCACGCACCGGCCAGCGUCCCGUUGAGUGAGCUGAAGAAUGUAGUGCUGGGGGAAGGUAUUGCGACUGAUGUUCAGCCUGUGGAGGAGUAUAAUAGGUUUACACUUGGUUGAUACCUUGGUAUCUACGUAUGUAUCUGAAUAUGAGCGAUAUCAACUACGGAGUAGAAAUAAAUUUCACUCCAUUGACUACAUCAAAGAUUGCAAAGUACAGGAGUAUAGAAGCGCU